AACUUGACCGCGACAAAACGCAAGGGAUCGCCCUGCAAAACUCACCUAGUCAUGAUAUCGGCCUGACAACAAAGGUCACACCUACCGAGCCAUGCGACCCCGUUGGAAUUGAAAGUCAGCUGGAGAAAUACCAUGAAUCAUCCGGAGGCACUGGUUGUGCUGAUCAUCUUUGUCCACACAGCUCACGUGGGGGCCGUGCUUCCCUACCUACGGCAUUACAAUUACAAACAACCUGUGAACCCCCUUGUCUACUCCCAUACUCGCCCCAGCCCAUGGCUACCCAGCUAUCCGACUCAGGAAUUCGGACCCGAGUCCACACCUUCGGACACGGUACUUUUCAACCGAGUCCCAUUGGAUUCGAGUUUGCCCCGACUCGACAGUUCCAUACCUUCUGUGCUGACAGCAAUAGACCCGGGUACGUACUACGCGGACUGGCAUCGCCUGUUGCACGGGCACACAAGCCAAAGAUGUCAUCCGAUCCCGAAAAAUAUGACGUUGUGUCAACGUGUCGGCUAUGAUCAUAUGAUUUUACCCAAUUACCUGCAGCAUGAAGACCUCAAAGAGGCUACCGAGCAAUCUCAAGUCUGGGUCAGUCUGGUACACACCGAAUGUCAUCCGGAUUUGAAACGGUUCUUGUGUGCACUCUACGCACCUGUUUGUUUGCAAGAGUACCAAGAGAAGCUGAUCGAACCGUGUCAGGAUUUAUGUGACGAUGUGAGACAGAGUUGCCUACCGAAAAUGUUGCAAUUCGGUUUCGGUUGGCCUGAUAUUGUGAAUUGUGCUCGUUUUCCCAAAGGAUCGACGAAAAUGUGUGUUCCAUUGACGGAAAAGAUGCGUUCUCGCUGCUCAGGUUGUGUGGAAAAACCAACGUUCGAAAGUGUUGUGAGCAGUUUUUGUAUGGCUGAUGUUGCUCUCAAGGCCAGAAUAACUUCGGUGACACGUACAAAUUCCUCCACUGGGUCACUUUAUACCCUCAAGCUGGGACGAAAUCCGAAAGUUUUGAAGCUGAAUACCAGCCUCUCGUCUUUGUCCCGCUUGUUGUUCGAAGUGGCCUGUGAGUGCAAUUUGCUGGAGGUACCUUCGAGCGGGGAAACAACUCGUACCGCUGGGUGGCUUAUCAUGGGCAAGCUACUGAAAGACCGUCGGACACUGCAGAUUGAACAUCUCUCGCGCAUUGGGAGAAAAAGUCAAGGUGUCAGGCGCGCUAUUCGAGCGAUCCGUCGAUCCCAGCCAAAUCUUUGCAGGCUAACAAUUCCAAAUGUUGCACCUAAAAAACCAGUCGAUGAGAGUUCGGAUACCUUGGACUCAGCUCAAGAUAUUGCGAAUGUUAGUCCACAGCGAGAUCUGGAUCUUGAGGAAGAUGAUUUGCUCAUAAACUCAGGGUCCAAAAAGGGCCCGAGGUUGCAUAGAAGGGAAGAAAGGACAUCACGAGUGAGAAAAAAUCGGAACAGUGAAUCCAUGUUAACAGCACAGGGGCAGUUUAAAAGGAAUCCUCAGAGCAACCGGCGCCGAUCUUUGGUACGCCGGAGCCAAGUUUAUCACAAACCCUUUAUUACCCCGCCAACAUUUUCUGGCCCCAGAUCGUCAACAAGUGGGCAGUGGAGUGCUGGACCAGUUAAAAACAGUCGACCUACAGCCGAAAGAAUACCCCACAAUAAGGUUCGAAAACGGACAGACUCACUUCAGGACGAUGAAACAAUGUAUCCAUUACUCGAGUCGGAGAAGGACUUGUUUUCGCCGCAAAACCUUGUGCCUUGGUUAAAAUGACCACGUUUUUGGCAUGAAACGUUUACCAGAUAACUUCAACCCCAUUUCUUUCAUACCUUUAAACUAUGUAGCACUAGUCAUCAUCACCAUUUAUCGAUCGCUGCUGUUCAACAUACUUUAUUUCAAAUAAAUUGAUCGUCCGUUCAAAAGGCUAGUUAGUUGUACUGUUUAUUAAAUUUUUC